CGUUGUAGAGGGAAAAUGUGCGUUAGCGUGCGGACUGAGGGAAGCCCCUAGUUAGCCAAGAGUGGAAACAUGGAUGAUGAGGAGGUCGCCGAGAGCUGGGAAGAGGCUGCCGACAGCGGGGAAAUGGAGAGGAGACUAGAGGAAAAACUUAGAAUCAGUCAAAAAGAAAGACUUUCAAGUGGCAGUUCGAGCCGCUCUCCGAUGAGAACAGCGAUCGUAAUUCAGGACGAUUCCCUCCCCGCCGCACCCCCACCUCAGAUCCGUAUUUUGAAGCGACCCUCCAGUAAUGGAUCUUUAGGAUCAUCUGCGCUGCAGACUCGACCCUCCCCGCAAGUGAAAUCCUUAGCUCAGCGAGAGGCAGAAUACGCAGAGGCAAGGAAGAGAAUCCUCGGCAGUGCAACUCCUGAUGACACGCCACAGGAGAGACCCAACUCAGACCGAUCUCCACGCGGGAGCAGCCAUACACUUUCAGAGGAAAACAGACCAGGAAACCAUGUGGUUCGACAGCCAGCAGGUCCAGACGGUACACAAGGCUUUCACCACCAGCGCAGAUAGGAAUAACAGCCUUUCCUGGGAGACCAGAGGAGGCGAGCAAGGGUCUCCCAGAAUAGGGUUCAAAUUAAAAUCAUUUUUAUCAAUAUUUAGGAUGUGGGAUGUUCUUCAAACAAAUAUUAAAAACCCUCUCGAAUCCAGCACAGCCCGUGUGGAAUGUACCGGGGGAAAGAUACACGAUCUAGCGAAGCAGAUGUUGGAAACUUUCCCUGCUUUUUACACUGUGAUGAGGACCUCGCCUCCGGACACUGCUCACUGUGAUGUCCAGCCCCAAUGAAAUCCCUUAAAAAUCAAACGAAAACGGAGAGAAACGAAACCGAACUGCAGAACUAUCGUCCCUUCCUCAGCCUAUCACCUCAUGUAAGCAAAAUCCUCUGAAAAGACGAUCGAGACGGAAGAAAACAAGCGUGCUAGAAGCGACGAACGAAAGGCACCAGCUUCCUUCAGCAAUAAUUCUAGAAAUCUCACCAAUUACUCAAACCUCCCUUCCACAGUUCUGUCAAGCUUUUUGUAUUGCUUGUGUUUGUCUUUUGUUUUAAUUUUGUUGGUUAUUACCGGUCUGCUAAUUGCCAUAUGUUUUUAAAUAGGUAAGGAAGGUAUGUUGUGGAAACUCGAGCUGACUUUCUUUAUUGUUUACGGUUAUCUGUUGUUGUUUUUCUUAUGUUUUAUUCAUGGGUCUUCCUCUGACUGUCCUGAUUUCUACAAAGUAAAAUGAAUAAAAAACAAAAAAACAUUAGUAGAGAGUUAAACGAGUGCAACGAAAUCACAUUUUAAGCCGUUUCUAUGCCUUUUAUAAUAUGAUUUAAAGGUAGUCAUUUUUAGAUCUGUGCAUUUUAACGGAAAAGAUGAGUUGUGUAAAUAUUUGUCGUGCUGGGAGGAACUGAAGAAAGUGAAACGGGGUGAGAUGAAAAAACAAAACAAAAAAAAAACAGGUUUUGCUGGCUCCCCUCGUCUCACUUUCUUAAAUCUGCUGUUGGCCAUUUUCUUUUCUCUCUCUUUUUGAUUUAUUUACUUAUGUAGGAACUCAGGUUGUUGUGAGGAAUUAUGAGCGAAUGAAUGAAGUUGUGUAUUGCUGGAUAGGUUUUUUUAACUGAAUGAUGGUGCAAUGUUAAGCGUACACGAUGAAGUAUGGCUUCAAGAUCAUUUGAAAACACAUCUAUGACUACAGAAAUAUCCUAUAAGAGUUUAUUUAACGUUUAUUGAAACCUAAGAGACGUGUGUGUGUGUGUGUGCGCGCCGCACCAGUGGCUUAACUAAGCAACUUGUUAUUGAAAGUGUUAAGUCAGUUGAUCUAGUUGCUUUGGCUCUUGCAAUACAGUGUCUACAUAUGAGGAGCCAUACUACUACUUUUCUUGACUGUAACUCCCUGCUUAUUUCUUUUUCUAAUUUACUUCCUUUUCUGUGCUGUCCACGAAUGAAAACUCCUGCAGUUUAUGGAAAUACCCUUUAAUCUGACGUGUCAUCGUUCACCCAUUGUGCUGUAAAAAAUCAGACCAGACGGGUUUGUCAUGCCCUGCCUGAACACAGAAAUCUGCCUGUAAAUACUUUUCAAAAUGCCCAUUUAAUAAAGACUUUUUAAAUAAUG